UAAGUCACGCAACAAAUAAAUGAUUGUCACGUGUUGCAGGCAAUGGGUUACAACUAUAGGUCUUAGAGCAUAUACCAUAUGCUUAAAGAUACAUAGUUGAAAUCUUUUAUCAAAUUAAGCUUUCAUGUAAUUUUAUAUUUUAAAAAAAUGCAUGAAAAGCUUACUUUACACCAAAUCCUACUUGCUCUUGGAAUGCUUGUAACAGGCUCAAUUAAUUCACUAUCAAGUAAAACACAAUUUCAAACUAAAUCUAAAGGAUUACUUGAUUCUGAUGGAAAAACAUUUAGACCUUUCAACCAUGCUGGGAUUGUUACUUUAAUUAUGUUUGCUGGAGAAUCACUCUGUCUUUUAGGUUUUUGCUUUUCAAGCAGAAAGGUUGAGCUGUCUAAUAAACAGCUAGUUAUUGAUCAAGAUAGUUCUGAUGUUAUAAAACAAAACAGAAAAACAAAUAGAAAAUAUUUCUAAAACACAAAUUAAAAGCGUCGCAUUGGUUUGGGAUGGUUGUGACAGUGUCUGGUUUGUGCCUAGUUGGUUUGGCAAGCAUACUUAAAUCAGAAUCUGGAAAUCAAAGUCAGAAAUAUGUAGCUAUAGGUGUUAUUUUAACCAUAUUGAGCCAGAUUGCUGGCGCUACACAAAUGGUUUUAGAAGAAACAUUUCUUAAAGGAAAAGGUUUCAAACCAUAUCAUGUUGUUGGAAUGGAGGGAGUUUAUGGCUUUUUUUUAAUGAGUAUUGUUCUUGUUGUAAUGCAAUACGUCCCAGGACCUCAGCCUGGAAACAGUUUUGACAAUACUUAUGAUGCUUUGAUCAUGAUUAAAAAUAGCUCUACACUCACUGCACUUUCUUUCGUCUAUUUGUUAUCAAUUGCAUUCUUUAAUUACUUUGGAUUGUCAGUUACUCGUUCUAUGACAGCUGUGCAUCGAACUUUUCUCGACGCAUGUCGCUCAGUUAUUAUUUGGUUGUGUAGUAUAAUAGUAUACCAUUCAACUAAUGGGAAAUAUGGUGAGAAGUUUGACGAUGAUUAUGGUUUACUUCAGAUUGAUGGGUUUCUACUUUUGUUAAUUGGAACUGCAAUAUACAACCAGUUGUUUGAUUUCUCAUGGAUCCCGUGCAUAAAAAGAAUAGAAUAUAAAAUACACUCGAAUGAGCAACAUUCGAAGGUAAUUAACAGCGAUUAUGAAAAAUGCAAUGCAGCUGAUAAUGAAACUAAUGAGCACGAAGAAAUAAGUCCGAUCUACCAUGGUUUCUUAGAUGAUUAGAAUUACCAUGGUUUGUUGAUGGUGUGACACAUUCGGGCAAGCAAACGCGCUCACACCUAGGAACACUCGGAUGCACACAAAAACUCUCGCUUACAUUCAUAGAUUUUUAGUAUCCAAUUUUGAUAAAAGUUCUUGAAACUCUUAUAAAUUUUAUGUUUUUGUGA